ACCUAUAUUAUUUUCUUAAACUUCCAGGACAUUUGAAAUCAUGUCGAUGAUGGAAGAGCAAGCAAGUACAUCUGCAACGGAUGAGAGCAUGGAUGGUGUUGGUGGUCCAUUGUUGAUAAGGAUUUUAGAGCAAAAUGGCAUAUCUGCAGCUGAUGUCAAGAAACUGGAAGAGGCUGGUUAUUACACAGUUGAGUCUGUAGCCUUUGCCCCCAAGAAGGCUUUACUCAAUAUUAAAGGUAUUAGUGAAGCUAAAGCAGACAAAAUAGCAGGAGAAGCUUGCAAGUUGGUCCCAAUGGGCUUCACCACUGCAAGUGAAUUUCACCAGAAAAGAUCAGAUCUAGUUCAGGUUGGAUCAAAAGAACUUGAUAAGUUAUUGGGAGGUGGAAUUGAAACUGGUUCCAUCACUGAAAUCUUUGGUGAAUUCCGUACUGGGAAAACACAGUUAUGUCACACUCUAGCUGUAACUUGCCAGCUUCCCCUGGAAAUGGGUGGUGGUGAAGGUAAGUGCGUAUACAUUGAUACUGAAGGAACUUUUCGACCAGAGCGUCUUCUUGCGGUUGCUGAAAAAUACAACCUUGAUGGGGCCCAAGUACUUGAUAAUGUAGCUUGUGCCAGAGCUUACAACACAGAGCAUCAGACAAAAUUGUUGACAUGUGCAGCAAUGAUGGCUGAAUCUAGAUAUGCACUGUGUAUUGUUGAUAGUGCUAUGGCACUGUAUCGAACAGACUAUGCUGGCAGAGGAGAACUGUCAGCGAGACAGAUGCACUUAGCAAGAUUUCUGAGGAUGCUGUUGAGAUUGGCAGAUGAGUAUGGAGUAGCUGUUGUGAUAACAAAUCAAGUGGUGGCACAGGUAGAUGGAGCAGCCAUGUUUACGGCCGAUCCCAAAAAACAAAAAAAAAAACCAGUCGGAGGCAACAUUAUGGCUCAUUCAUCCACAACCAGACUGUACCUUCGUAAAGGCAGAGGUGAAACAAGAAUAUGUAAGAUAUAUGACUCUCCAAAUCUUCCAGAAGCUGAAGCAAUGUUUGGCAUAUAUGCAGAUGGCAUUGGGGAUGCUAAGGAUUGAAGGCGCGUACAUAAGUUGCCGUACAGAGUCCGACGUAAACCAGAGAGCCCAGUGAAAAUUACCAUUUUAUAUUUUCUAAAAGCAAUAUAUGCUAUUUUCUACUUUUAUAUAAUUUUUUAUGCAACAGAGUAUUUUGUAGACAUUGCAGUUUCAGUUGAAAGCGCUGCUUAGGUAAACUUAUCCAUUCAUAGAGUAAUUGUAACUUUAUUUGUAAAAUAUAAUGGUGGAAAGUAUUGCGAUUUUUGUCGUGUGCUAAUCAAAACAGGGUUUAUAGGCUUGAAAUCCUUGUAAUCCUGUGAACCUUUUUAUCAGGCCUUACUGUUAUUGUUGCAGUACUUCUUAAGAUCAGUUAUGCAGAAGUCUGAUUUCACUAUAGGUAGGGCAUAUCUUGUUUCACAACUUUUUGUUUUCCUGCAUUUGGUUAAACAAGUUCGUAUUAAAAGAUCUAUUUUGUCUUUAGGGCAUUUUAAUCAUCAGAUGUAAUCUGCAUUCCAAUAUUGUUGCAGGGAAUCUGUAUUCAAAUAUUGUUGCUCUGUGCCAACUAGAAAAAUAAUCCAUUGUUAUUAACUGUGACAUCACACUAUAGAUAACAGUAUUCAGUUGGGGCAUGAUUGAUCUCAUGUUCUUCUAUAUUAUUUAUACCACACUGUAGAUUCUUUUACCUUAGGGUUUACGAAUAUAAUUUUUUUUUUUUAUUUAAAAGCUUAUUACAGAUCAUCCUAAGA